GCGCAGCGUGAUGACGCGCAGGGUCGCACAGACAGGAAUCCUGUGCUGAGUUCAUUGGGUUCCUACGUGAUGAGGCGCUCGCGGCGGUGACCCGAUACCCCGGGGGCAGGAUGCUCAGCCGCCUGCAGGAGCUGAAGAAGGAGGAGGAAACUCUGCUCAAAAUCAAAGCGUCCUUACACGACCAGCUCAACAGGUUAAAGGUCAGAGUGCGCGGGGGCAGGGGGUUAAAGGUCACCUUAACAUGUAAUGUUAUCAGCCAGGUUCAUAUAGUGACAGUGUGAGAUCUGACUGUCUGUUAAUAGCACACAGCCUGCUGUACAUACUACACACACAGAGUAAUAAUAAUAAUAAUAAUAUCAACACACAGAGUAAUAAUAAUAAUAUCAACACACAGAGUGAUAAUAAUAAUAUCAACACACAGAGUAAUAAUAAUAAUAACACACAGAGUAAUAAUAAUAAUAACACACAGAGUAAUAAUAAUAAUAUCAACACACAGAGUAAUAAUAAUAAUAAUAAUAUCAACACACAGAGUGAUAAUAAUAUCUACACACAGAGUAAUAAUAAUAAUAUCAACACACAGAGUAAUAAUAAUAUCAACACACAGAGUAAUAAUAAUAUCAACACAGAGUGAUAAUAUCAUCACACAGAGUGAUAAUAAUAAUAUCUACACACAGAGUAAUAAUAAUAAUAUCUACACACAGAGUAAUAAUAAUAAUAUCUACACACAGAGUGAUAAUAAUAAUAUCUACACACAGAGUAAUAAUAAUACUAUCAACACACAGAGUAAUAAUAAUAAUAAUAUCAACACAGAGUGAUAAUAUCAUCACACAGAGUGAUAAUAAUAAUAUCUACACACAGAGUAAUAAUAAUAAUAUCAACACACAGAGUGAUAAUAUCUACACACAGUAAUAAUAAUAUCAACACACAGAGUAAUAAUAAUAAUAUCAACACACAGAGUGAUAAUAAUAUCAACACAGAGUGAUAUCAUCACACAGAGUGAUAAUAAUAAUAUCAACACACAGAGUAAUAAUAAUAAUAUCAACACACAGAGUGAUAAUAAUAAUAUCAAUACACAGAGUAAUAAUAUCAACACACAGAGUGAUAGUAAUAAUAUCAACACACAGAGUGAUAAUAAUAAUAUCAAUACACAGAGUAAUAAUAUCAACACACAGGGUAAUAAUAUCAUCACACAGGGUAAUAAUAUCAUCGCACAGAGUAAUAAUAUCAUCGCACAGAGUAAUAAUAUCAACACACAGAUUAAUAAUAAUAAUAUCAACACACAGAGUAAUAAUAUCAACACACAGAGUAAUAAUAUCUACACACAGAGUAAUAAUAUCUACACACUGGGUAAUAAUAUCUACACAUUGGGUAAUAAUAUCAACACACAGGGUGAUAAUAUCUACACACAGGGUGAUAAUAUCUACACACAGGGUGAUAAUAUCUACACACAGAGUGAUAUCUACAGAGGGUAAUAUCUCCACACAGUUAUUGUGUAUAAAAUAUCCCUUACAUGCAGUGUUUUACACAAUAAUGGGUUAUUGUCCACCAGGAAAUUAACAAGUACCCUUAUACCCUUAUGUUUACCUGGAGUCCACAGGCUGUAUAGAAAGACAACACUUGUCCCUCAAAGUACUUUCUUAGGACUGGUGUGUGUGUAGUCAUGCUUCCCGACUGAACCUAUUUAGGAGGGACAGUCUCUAUUUUGAACCCAAUUCCCAUUGACCCUACUUUUCUAUCCUAAUGUUUAUGUACAUAAUAUACAUACUUUCUGUUUUAAAUUACAUGUAGUCACAUAAAUUAUUUGUAAGUCACCUAAAAUUUUGCCUAAUAUGCCUAACCCGUCCUUGCCCACACCACCACUCACACUUGUUAAAAUUAAAAUGUCCAUUUGAAACAUUGGGAGGUAUAAUAGCAUAUGGGUGUUUGAUAUAUACAAACAAUUUCUCCAUUAGUACACCGUAUUAGUAUUCCUUUAUUUGUGUAUCUGUAUAGCAGUGUUAAGUGUUCAGCAUUGUAGUGCUCUAUACUUCCUAAAAAUAAUCUCAGAGAGAUAGUUUGCCCCCAAGUUAUACAUGGAUCCAAUUUAAUGAAAAACCUUGUAAUUCUGAUAUGAACUUCAUGGACAGUAAGUAGGGAGUAUUAUAUUGCGUGGUUACAAAAAUAAGGGUUAUCUCCUCUCACACUUUUCUAAUUCUGAUACUUAAUCUGAUAGGUUGAAGAACUGGCUCUCCAGUCCAUGAUAAAUGCACGAGGCGAUGAGGAUAUACAAGCUCCCCAUGAGGAAGCUGAAGAGGUAAGUGGACUCUGAAUUUCACAAAAUUAAAUUUACAAUGCCCCCUUUCUAAAAAAAAGUUCUGAUUGCAGUCCUUUUUCCCUGAUCAUUGUUGGAGGACAUCAAUGAAACAGAAUCGUGAGAUAACACUUCAGCCUUCAUGAUUCUUGUAGUUACUUUUAUAUAUGAUAAGUCAGUGACAUACCAGAGGUGUAAUUAGCCUCCCGAAAGUUGCAUUUGGUUCUGUAACUUUAGGUGUAUUUAACCCCGCCUACUAUCAGGCCGGCAGAUUAUGUCAGCAUCAAUUUAUUUUAUAUGGCAAUGUAUACAUAAUUUGUGUAGUUAAAGUAUAUACCUGGUUACAUAUGUCUGUUAGGAAAAUUAUUACAACUUCUCACCAACAUAAGUAUGUCUAAGGACCAACAUCUCCAAAAAGGCAAGAGGAAGGCUAAAUAAUCCCUUUACCAAGUAGGACGGUGAGUGGUGCCAGCAUGUUGGACCGACAAACAAUGGCAAUCAUUCAGAGAAGACCUCAGGUUGCCCCCUUUUCACGAUAAGGAAGCUGAACAAGAUAUCUGUUCUUGAAGCAUGAUCGCACUUUAUAAAAGCAGGAAAGUAUUUUGACUCAAGUCUUGGACAUAAAAUGGCAGCACUUGGAAAACAGCAAUAUCAUUACGAAAUCUUUUUUUUCUUAAUGCAACCUUUCUGUUACAAGCAAACGGGAUGGUGUCUUUUUACCACAGAAGGCAAUAUGAAAAUGCUAGGUUUUAUCAUUUAAAGGGACACUCCAGGCACCCAGACCACGUCUGCCCAUUGGAGUGGUCUGGGUGCCAACUCCCAUCACCCUUAACCCUGUAAUUACCUUGCAGGGUUAAGUCUUCCUAUAGUGGCUAUCAGACAGCCACUAGAGGGACUUCCAUGUUAUUAGAACACGAAAAGUGUUUAAAAUGACGCUGGACGUCCUCACGCUAUGUGAGGACCUCCAGCAUCGCCGAAAUCCCCAUAGGAAAGAAUUGAAUAAUGCUUUCCUAUGGACAUGUCUAAAGCGCGUGUGCGGCCAUUGCCGCGCAUGCACCUUAGGUCUCGAAAGCCUGACCCGGCGCCGAAGGACAUCGGCGCUGGACUCCGGUAAGUCACUGAAGGGGUUUUAACCCCUUUGGCAACAUGGGAUGGUGGGGGGAAGGGAGAGGGGCACUGCGGGACCCUGGAAUGAAUAUGUUUACUUGGCACUGGAGAGUCCCUUUAACAUAGGCUUGUGAACUUGUCUGUUUUGUGGUUUGGAGGGUGGUGUGCUGUUGUGUGGAUUUAUUUAUUUUUUUGUUUGUUUUGUUUUUUACAUUUUAUUUACAUGUACAAGUAAUAUAAGUAAACAAUAUAGCAGUUUCUUAUCCAAAGGUGGCAUGACUGCUUGCGCAUGGUAUAAACCAAACAACUGAAUAGACAAUAUAAUCUAAUAUGAUUAUAGAGCAAAAUAAAAAAAAAAAGUAACACUGGAAAUAUUUGGUUGGCAUUCCAUGUCUCCUUAAGUAAGUCAAAGAGAAAACCACUCUGUCUACGAUAUUUUUAUUUUAUGUUAAAAUUUUGUACUAGGGUCACUUUAUUUUGCAUCAUUUUGUAAUAAUCAAGGUUAGGUUUUCGCAUACAAACUCUUUUUUUUUUUUUUUGUUCUUUUUAUUAUGCAGAAAAUACUUUUUUUUAUUUUUUAUUCCUUGUCCAAGAUAGAAAAUGGAAAUGAAAAUGAAAUGUACCGUGCAGUUUUUAAAUACUAAUAUCCAUCUAUUCACAGGGAUCAUUUUUGGUGGAUGAUGAAGAGGUCAUAAAUAAGACAGAACUGCAGCUUAGCACUAUGGAGAACUCUCAAGACCAGCAAGAAAUGGAGGAAGAGGACGAGUCAGACCCUUAACCCCUCACAAUCCACCACUGUCUCCCUCUAGGUUACAUAUGAACACCAACCGAGAUAUAAAGAUUCAAUUGAUUUUGGGAAAGAUCAGAGUCACAGUAAUAUUUCAUAGUUAAAACUAUAGAUGAUCUUUGUCUUGCCAAUUUUAGCUGGUUAAAGCCCCGGCAUCAUCACAAGGUGGAAUCUAAUGCUCAUGUAGAUCACUCGUAUUAGGCCUUCCCCAUAGGAAACCACUACAUCAAUGUUUUUCUAUGGGGAUUUAGAAGACCCUGGGUGUUCUCAUGCAAAAUGUGAGGACAACAAGCGUUGUGUCACAGAGUUAAACGCCAUGAAACAGCAGGAAGUCCCUCUAAUGGCUGUCUGGUAGACUAUAGAGGCAGUCUUAACUCUGUAAUGAAAACAUUGCAGUUUCUCGAAAACUGCAAUGUUUUCAUCUGCAAGGUUAAAGGGACACUCCAGUGCCAGGAAAACAAUCCUCCCAACCCCGGUUGCUGAAGUGGUCAAAACCCUUUCAGUGACUUACCAGAGCGUGAGGACGUCCAGCGACGCUAUAGCACAGAAAACCUGUGCUAUGAAUCAUGAAGUGCCCUCUAGUGGCUAUCUAGUAGACAGCCACUAGAGGAGGAAUUAACUCUGCAAGGUAAUUAUUGCAGUUUAUUAAAACUGCAAUAAUUACAGUUGCAGGGUUAAGGGUAGUGGGAGUUGGCACCCAGACCACUCCAAUGGGCAGAAGUGGUCUGGGUUCCUGGAGUGUCCCUUUAAGGGAACACUGUACCCUGACCAUUUCAAUGAGAUGAAGUGGCCUGGGUACCUAUAGUGUCCCUUUAACAGCAGCAGAAAGGAUAUAUCGUUGAUGGUGAUAAUUUAAUCUGCAUGCAUCCUACAUAGACGUUGGUGUUGUUAAUCCAUUCAUGCAAUGCUUCAUUGAAGGAACACUCCCACCACCAUAACAACUACAGUUCAUUGUAGUGUUUAUUGUUCCAAGAGUGCCCUGGCGCCCCCUUCCUCCAUUAUAAGGAAUCAACCUGUUUUUGAGCAGUUUGACUUUUUACGUGGGAUACAUCAGCUGUGAUUUUUUUUUUUUUUCUGUUACAAAUAAUCAUUUUCCUCUUUUACAUUGUGGGAUUUACACUCCGCUCUUAAAAGCACAUUAUUACCUUUUGCAGCAAAGGACCAAGGGCCUUAUUCUCUGCUAGUGCCAUGCCAUGUGUUGCAUGGCAAGGGCAGUCAGUGAGACCAAGUGGAUCUUGAAAUAUUAGGGUGUCAACUUCAGAGAUAGACCCAUGUCCAAGCACUGAAUCUGCAGUUUACAAAUGUAAAUAAAUUUUCUUUGUGUAGAUUUUAAAGCGUGCCCUGAGCAGUGUGUGGGGAGUCAUUCUUUUCUGCAAUUAUAGGACAUGAUUGUGCCUACAUACCUUUCAAGCACAUACACUUCACAUUCUUGAAUAACAACUAUAUCUAAUAAGUAUUAUGCAAAGCCGGGCAUAAGGUAAAACUGACUUGGGCACAUACUCAAUAUGCAGAGAGUACAGAUUGUGAUGAUUGGUUGUGCUCGGUGUUCUUUACUUAGCAGGGUCGAUGACUGGCUGCACACACUCCCAAUUGUGGGUCAGCCUCUGCUGUGGAGUCCAAGUCUCCCUCCAUUCAGCACCACAAGAACACAAAGGCUGCUCACCCAUAGGUGGGCUCUGUGUUCUUUUAACCACUCUUUCCACAAUGGUCAAUAAUAUAUAGCGACACUGCAAACAUUCUUCUUAAAACCACGUGCUGGAGCUGCUCUUUUGGGUUAUCAGGAGUAGUCUUGUAAAUUGUUUCACUUGAAUAGAUCAUGUGACUUGGCAAGUCUGCCAGCGCAUAAGUUGAGAGAGACCCACCUGUUUAUGUGCAGGGUUUUUAGUUCAUUAUUAACCAUUUUCUAUAUAUCACAAAGGUAUUUUUUUACUGAAAACAGACUUGCACUAGUUGUUUUGGGAACAUCCUCCAACUCAGCUGUACAAGCUUAGAAUUUUUUGCCUAAAUAUAAUUCACUUUUAAAUGUACUUCAAUUCUGUGGGAAUUUAAAGAGCGAAUUCCAAAUUUAAGGCCAAAGUAGCUGAUCUGGAAGCAUAGCUGAUUUGGGGAAUUUUUCCAAUUCAACUAUUUUGCUCUCGAAUUUUACAUUCACUUUGAAUUCCUGAUAAUUCUCACUUUAGAGAAGAAAUCUGCCAGUAUAGCACACUAUGUACACUACUUUUAUUCUUGACAAGCUUCAACAGCAGCCUGAUACAGAUAUUUAAUGCACGUGGACUUUAUUUUUCACAUUGUGAUGACAUUUUUGGUAGCUGCUUGAAAUGCAAUAAGUUCCCAGACCAAUAACUAUAAGCAAGAUAUUUGCAAGUAUUUUGGCUCAGAUACUUCAUAUGACAUGAAGGUAUUUCUGCUUCCUUUUAAAGUGUUUCAGUUCGCACAUAGAAAUAUUUCUGAAAGGUAGUCCUUGGUAGUGGGAUAUGCAAGUGUCUAAGUUAAAGGGACACUAUAGUCACCAAAAAUUUUUUGCUU